AUGGGCCUCGUAGCGGGGGCUCUUCCGCAUCCCAUACAACACCUGCAGCAGCAGCAGCAGCAGAAGCAGCAGCAGCAGCAGCAGCAGCAGAAGCAGCAGCAGCAGCAGCAGCAACAACAGCAGCAGCAGAAGCAGCAGCAGCAGCAGAAGCAGCAGAAGCAGAAGCAGAAGCAACAGAAACGGGUAUUUUUGCAGCUAGCUAGCCAGUUAGGGGGCUAG